AUGCCAAAAAUUAUCAUUGGUGACGGCGAAUGGAAAACGGUUGGUAUUUCUGGUGAAUGUAUCGUUGACGAGAAGUUCAGUUUUCUUUCAUCAUUCGAAGAAUAUAUACCAACCGAAGAAUCUAAGAAUGCAAGCAAUACAAUGAAGAAGAAGAAGAAAGCAAAAAAAAGAAGAGCAAAUGAUGCACUAGAUAAAUCAGGAACAAAUGAUCACAAAAAGAUGAGGAAGAAUGAGAAAAAGAAAAAGUUGGAGAAAUCGGAUGAAGUUACGAAUUCACAGCAGGUUACCAAUGUGAAGAAUGAAGAAGCAAAUGGUGAUACUGAAAAAGCGAUAAGUUUUAGCCAUAAAGAAAUUGAAUGUGAUGAACUGGAUGAAAGGAAAAAUGAGGUUGCAGGCACAUCGAAUUGGAUAAAUCUUUGUGUUUCUAACACAGUUUUGAGAGCUAUCGCUGAUAUGGGAUUUACUGAACCUACGGAAAUACAGAAACUUGUUAUACCAAGCGCUAUCAGAGAUCGCCUUGAUAUCAUUGGAGCUGCAGAAACGGGGAGUGGAAAAACGUUGGCAUUUGGUGUGCCUGUUGUUGAGCAUCUUUUAACAAACCAAUCAUCUCUCAAAAGUGAGCAAAUAAAGAGUAUUCGAGCUCUCAUCCUUGCACCGACUCGUGAAUUGGUGAUGCAAAUUAAGCAUCACAUGCAUGCUUUGCUAAAAUAUACUCCAUUCAAAAUCGCGUCUAUAGUGGGUGGUCUUUCGCUGCAAAAACAAGAGCGUAUAUUAAAAUAUGUUCCUGAAAUUAUUAUUGCAACGCCAGGACGACUUUUGGCCUUGAUGACAUCUGCCGAAGCCGACAGCUGUCUCUCUGACUGGUCCCACUUACAAUGUCUAGUGGUCGAUGAAACAGAUCGUAUGAUAGAAAAAGGACAUUUUGAAGACCUGCAGCAUAUUUUAGAUACCAUAAAGAAGAAUACAUGUAAAAAGCUCCAAACUUUUGUUUUUUCUGCAACUCUUACAUAUAUUCAACCUCAAUCCAAGAAGCUCGAUGAUAUAAAUGCUGUUAAAAUUAGUAGAGAUGAAAAAAUCGACAGAUUGAUUGAAAUAACUGGAAUACGAAGGGAAAAGCACAAAAUUUUUGAUAUUACUGGCGAAAGAGGUACAGCGAAGACAGUUGUAGAAGCGCGAAUAAAUUGCGAAAAUUUAUUGGAAAAGGAUACUAGUCUUCUGUAUCUAUUGAAUCGUUACGUUGGACGCACAUUGGUAUUCACCAAUUCAGUCGAUGCAUCGAGAAGGUUACAUGGGAUUUUAAAACAGCUUCAGCACAAACCUGUUCCAUUGAUGUUGCAUGCGAAAAUGAUCCAAAAAAAACGUUUAAAAAACUUGGAAAAGUUUACUGAGGAGGAAAAUUCUAUUUUGUUCGCAACUGAUGUAGCUGCACGUGGUUUGGAUAUUCGAGAUGUUCAGCAUGUCAUUCAUUAUCAAGUACCAAAAACUGCUGAGAUUUAUAUCCAUCGGUGUGGUCGAACAGCACGAGCAAUGAAAGAAGGACUUGCAAUUUUACUUAUUGAUUCCCAAGAUGUUCCUUAUUACCAAAGAAUAUGCCGAAAUUUGAAUAGAGAAAAAGGAUUUCCCAUAUUUCCACUUGAUUCACCUGAUCUCUAUGGCAUUUUGAAAAAGCGAGUUAAAGUAGCAACAGCAGUGGAAGCGUUAGAUCAUCGUUUGAAAAAGAUACAGUCCAAACAAUCAUGGUUUGAGAAAGCAGCUGCAAGUGCAGAUUUGGAAUUAGACGGGAGUGGAUACAAAGAGAAAGCUACAACAGAAAUGAUUGAAAAUCUGCGAAGAGAGAAAAAAGCAUUGUCGUUUCAGUUGAAUCAUUUAUUGUCACAGUCAUUGCCAGCCAAUUACAUUCAUGUCAAGAAAACUCGUUAUGUAACUGCAGAAAUAGCGUCGAAUUACGGAAAGUCAUCGACACAAAAUGCAAUUGCAUCAUUGACUGAAAAUAUGGCGCAUGAGGAAGCGUUGAAGAAGAAAUGUAGGAGUGUUUUUGUGCGUCAUCUCAAUACUACAAAGAGGAAGAAGAAAAAGAAGAUAAAAAGAUGA